GAAAGGAAAGUAUCAACAAGUGUUUGCAGAAUAUCUGCGUGAUGUGGAAUAUUCAAUGACAAAAACAUUUUAUUUCACCAAUGGAGGAAUGUGGCAGAAAACUAAGGUUAAAAACCAGUCUCCAUCUGAAAACAUUUUAGUUAUUUAUACUCAAAACAAUAUGUGAAUGUACAAAGUGUCAAAGUAACUCACUUUUUUGCAUUUCCUCCAGUCUUUCCAUGUAUUUAGACAUGCUGCUUCCUUCGAUAGAAACAAACACACAACCAUGCGUAUGUUACAAAAAUUGUUAUUUUGUGUUCAUAUAAAUGUACAUGUGCUCAUAGCACAUUCAAAGAGAUGAAGAAUCUUGAUAGUUAACAAUGGCAUUGUUUUCGCAAAAUAUUUGGGGAAAUAUGACAACAAUUAAGUAGCUUUGAUAAAGUAAUGCACAAUCCAGUGAACGCCAAAGUACAAAAACAAGUACAGAACUGUGGAAGACAACUUACCUGUGUCGAGUUUUGUUUUGAUAUGUUGAUACUUUGGAUUUGCUGGUAUCUUCUUGUUUGUGUACUGAAAAAAAAUCAGUUUGUGAUUUCGUAAUUUGCCAAACUCUAACCAAGUUUUACCAAAUUCGUUUUCCUUCAAAUAUAUAGCUCACAUGUAAAAUAUCAGGAUAACAUGAGGCUUAUAUUAUGUUUGCACAACAUAGUCACUGAUUUGUUAAGUGACCGAAUUGAAAAUGUUGUUGACAUAAGAAUAGACAUGUGCAACACUUUAAAAGGAGUCAUUUUCCCCUUUGUAUCACAUAUUUUUUGUUUUAAGCACUAAUCCACCUUACAUGAUUUAUAAAGACACGGUAACACAGGGACUUUGGACGACUAUUGAAUAUGUGUGUGCUUCGUUUCAUGUUCGAGAUUCAUGCCGUUUGUCAAUGAUAUAUACACACAGAUAUAUUCAAAGGAAAUGUGCAUUUUUUGUGUGUUUGCUUUUCUUUCGUCUGCAGCACUGCUGCUGACUGUAAAUGAAACCGGUUGUAGUUUCAAGCUUCGUGUUGCUUUGUUUAAUAUCAACUGUUAAUGUUCUAAAGUGACGUGCUACCUGCUAUGUUCAGUAGCUUAAAGGAAAACAAACGUGUGACGUUUAUGUUGGUAUGGUAACAGCAUGUUGCUAACUAUAGCAGCCACCAGGCUAACGCAAUAGGUCGGUAUUUUUUCCCAAUUUGCUGGAACCGGAAAUUCUGUAAUAUUCAAAAACAUUUCAUGCAGCUAAGUACAGCAAAUACGGUUAAUGAUUUUUAAUAUUAGAGUUACCCCAGCAUCGCCGAUGCUCGACCGGAGCGACAUUCUUCUCAUCUCGUUCAAAAAAAAAAAAAAAUCAAACAUCAGAAAUUGUGCGGCCCAAAGAAGGGCUCAUCUGAUUGGUCGGAGGAACACUGGCAGCCAAUCACAGACGACAAUACUCUAAUGCUCUACCAGAAGAGUUUGCGCCACACAGCGUUAGUGUUGCUAUGCAACGGUAGACGCUGCAGGUGUCGUUGCAUGAAAAAGCAACUCUCGGACCUAUUUCUACUAAGCCUCUGAAAUGUCCUGUUAUCAAAGCAUCACCGUUUGCUUUUUUAGAAUGUAUUUAAUGUGUUCCGAAUGCACGUUAUUUCGUAGGUUACAUUUUCACAUCUUAAAAUUCUGCUUAGAUAAAACUUUGACAACAUUAAAUGUGUAAGUCAUUGUUUAUUUGCAAACAAUGCGCUGAGUGGUAUCAUAAUUCAAAUAAUGCUUUGAAAUGAGAGCAUUCUGGAUUUGUGUUCGAUUGCUAAUGUCUGCUUAAGUUUCCAACAGAAACCGCCAAAAUUAAAUUGUAAACUUAAAAAAAAACAUGAUUUUGCUUGAAAAUUGAAUGCUCAAUAUAUAUUUUUUAAAUGAGUGUGUUAUAUGAAAAAAAAAAAGCACUUAAACACCGUUUUGCUCAGGACUCGAUUGAUCGUGCCUGAAAACGAAGGCGCACUGUUUGACCAACAUGGAAGUGAAAGGCUGUAAACUCCAACUUCACAUCAGCUUUCACUAUUAAGGAAUGUAAUUUGCCGAAAUGGCGUCGGUAAUGGAUGACCCGACCCUGGAGAGGUACUUCACCGGGCAUAAAGAUGAUGUCACAUGUGCAGAUUUCAACUCAAACUGCAGGCAGUUAGCUACAGGGUCAGUGGACAAGAGCCUGAUGAUCUGGAAUCUGGCCCCUAAAGGGAGAGCAUUCCGCUUUAUAAGCCAUCAAGAUGCUAUCACAGCAGUGCAGUUUUCCCCCACCUGUAACCUUGUCGCAACGUCUUCCAAGGACAAGACAGUUCGACUCUGGACACCAACCAUUAAAGGUGAUUCAUCUGUGUUCAAAGCCCACACGGCUGCUGUGCGCAGUGUGGCGUUCUCUCAUAAUGGCCACAAACUGGUGACAGCAUCUGAUGACAAGUCUGUGAAGGUGUGGAGUGUUCACCGCAAGUGCUUCGUUUACUCUCUGAACCAGCACACCAACUGGGUCCGCUCUGCCAGGUUUUCACCAGAUGGACGGCUUAUAGCUUCCUGUGGAGAUGAUCGUUCUGUCAGGCUCUGGGAUACUUCAUCCAAGCACUGUAUCAACUGUUUCUCUGACUACGGAGGAGCAGUGACGUUUGUGGAUUUCAACUCAAGUGGCACGUGCAUUGCAUCUGCGUCAGCUGACAGCUCAUUGAAAAUCUGGGACCUUCGAACCAACAAGCUGAUUCAGCAUUAUCAAGUCCACAGUGCACAGAUCAACAGUCUUUCUUUCCAUCCGUCCAACAACUUCUUGAUUAGUGGAUCCAGUGACUGCACUAUUAAAAUCCUGGAUUUGCUAGAAGGCCGUCUUAUCUACACCCUUCAUGGACACAAGGGUGCUGUACUGACAGUAGCCUUUUCCAAAGCUGGAGAUUUAUUUGCUUCUGGUGGAGCUGACGGUCAGGUACUCAUGUGGAGGACAAACUUUGAUACCAAGUCCUACAAGGACGUCCUGGUACAGCACAGUCGGCGAUCCACACCCGACCUCCCGCCUCAUCUGACUGAUAUCCAUCCUAGAGUACCUCACCUCCAUCACCCUCAGGCAUCAUCCAUUCAGGUCAGUCCAGCCGUUACAGACUGCCAGACCACUGAGCCGCAUGUCGUAGAAGUAGGUCACCCUACUCACACUGUGAGGCAUUCAGGCACUCAGUCGCCCUCUCCUGAGCAAGCUCACCGCCGCCUCUCUGAAGCCUUUGUGAAGCAGCAUGUUGCAGACUGGACGGCAGAUGAACAUGCUUCUUCUUCUGUCAAUCAAACCGGACACGCUCCAAUAGGAAGAGCAGCAAGGGAGCAAGGCACGAGUAGGCCGGCAGAGAAAGUCUCCUCUGGUCCUUCGUCGGGUCUGACCUCCACUCUGCAGCACAUAGUCCGACAGCUGGAUAUCCUUACGCAGACCGUGUCUGUGCUGGAGGAGCGUCUCACUCUGACGGAGGACAAGCUGAAGGAAUGUCUGGACCACCAGACCCACAUAAUCAAUAAGGGGGCCGACCGGAAUCUUGGACGGACUGUUGUGUCACAUAGUUUCACUCUUGUUCAGACUUGAGUUACACUGUGGAGUGUGUGUUUGUGGGCGCUGGAGAUUUCCUCCGUGUCUCUCCACACCUCUGAAGGCCUUCCAGCUGUGCAGUCGCGGAGGAUAUUCCGUUUCUCAGUCGUUCGUAUGGAUUUUACAUGGAAGUGGAACAGCUGCAGCCAUGGAAACAGAUGGUGUUUGUCUGACCGGUGUGUGAAUGUUGCGUCUGUGUUCAUUUGUCUUUUAAUAGUUGCCUGUACAUGCAGUUAUUCUCAUUCCUGACUUGCCUUAAAUGUCCGUUGUGCUGUUUUCAAAUGUAUGACAGAACAAGAAACUGAUCUCUCCUGAGCAAAUAUAUUUGAAUAAAUAAUCAUUUUUG